UCAAGCCUGCGUCAGGGGCUGCGUGUCCCUUCGCGUUGAUUUUUUUUUAAAUUCCUUUUUUUUUUUUUAAUUUGCUAUCCCUUUUCCUCCUCGAUUUCCCGGGAGCCGCGCGGAGUGUCCUCCCUCCGGCGAAGGCGAGCGGGGCCGGGCGAGCCCAGCGCGCAUCCACGGGGCGGCGGCGGGGCGGGGGGGCACCGGCAGCGGAGCGGAGCCACCGGCACCUCGCAGCAUCGCCGCCGAGCCCUUCCCGAGCGCCGCUCGCCUCUCCCGGCCGCUGCUGCUCCCGCUCGCCCCGCUCCCCGCAGCCUCGGAGCGGCCCCGCCGCCGCCCGCGCUCGCCGCUGGUGAUUUCUGCCGGGAACCCGGAGAUUUCUGCGCCGUUUCCUCCGGGACCGGACCAGUUUCUCCUGGAAUCGGGUCGGUUUCGCCCUCCCGGGGAGCCGCAGCAGCGCCGAGCAGGUCCUGCUGAUGAAGAGGAGGUGAGGCCCGAGCUGUAGCUGCCACUCUGCGCUGUCCCCUGCGGGACGUUCACCCUCUUGCCUCGCCCACCGCGCCCCGGCGCCGCCCCGAUGCCCAAGAACAGCAAGGUGACGCAGCGGGAGCACAGCAGCGAGCAUGUCACCGAGUCGGUGGCCGACCUGCUGGCCCACCAGGAGCCCGUGGACUACAAACGCAGCGUCCUCAACGUGACGGGGGAGGCCUGGGACAAGCAGAAGGAGGGGGACGAGGAGCUGGACGCGGAGAACCGGCCGGCGUGGAACAGCAAGCUGCAGUACAUCCUGGCGCAGAUCGGCUACUCCGUGGGGCUGGGCAACGUCUGGCGCUUCCCCUACCUCUGCCAGAAGAAUGGAGGAGGCGCCUACCUGGUUCCUUACCUGGUCCUGCUCAUCAUCAUCGGCCUGCCCCUGUUCUUCCUGGAGCUGGCAGUGGGGCAGCGCAUCCGCCGGGGCAGCAUCGGCGUCUGGAAUUACAUCUGUCCCCGCCUGGGAGGCAUCGGCUACGCCAGCUGCCUGGUCUGUUUUUUUGUUGGUCUCUAUUACAACGUCAUCAUUGGCUGGAGCAUCUUUUACUUCUUCAAGUCCUUCCAGUACCCCCUGCCCUGGAGCGAGUGCCCCAUCGUGAAGAACGGCUCGGUGGCCGUUGUGGAGACCGAAUGCGAGAGGAGCUCAGCCACCACCUACUUCUGGUACCGGGAGACCCUGGACAUCUCCAACUCCAUCUCUGAGAGCGGGGGGCUCAACUGGAAGAUGACCCUGUGUCUGCUGGUGGCCUGGAGCCUUGUUGGCUUGGCCAUGAUCAAAGGCAUCCAGUCCUCAGGGAAGGUGAUGUACUUCAGCUCCCUCUUCCCAUACCUGGUGCUUGUUUGCUUCUUGGUGCGGGGGCUGCUGCUGCGUGGGGCAGUGGAUGGGAUCAUGCACAUGUUCACACCCAAGCUGGACAAGAUGCUGGACCCCCAGGUGUGGCGCGAAGCAGCCACACAGGUUUUUUUUGCCUUGGGCCUGGGUUUUGGGGGGGUCAUUGCCUUCUCCAGCUACAACAAGCAGGACAACAACUGCCACUUCGAUGCCACCCUUGUCUCCUUCAUCAACUUCUUCACGUCUGUGCUGGCCACCCUGGUUGUGUUUGCUGUGCUGGGCUUCAAGGCCAACAUCAUGAACGAGAAAUGCGUGGUGGAGAACGCUGAGAAGAUCUUGGGCUACCUGAACACCAACGUGCUGAGCCACGACCUCAUCCCACCCCACGUGAACUUCUCCCACCUCACUGCCAAGGACUACCACGAGAUGUACAGGGUGAUCAUGACGGUGAAGGAGGGGCACUUCAAAGAGCUGGGCCUGGAUGCCUGCCUGUUGGAGGAUGAACUCAACAAGUCGGUGCAAGGGACCGGCCUGGCCUUCAUUGCCUUCACAGAAGCCAUGACCCACUUCCCAGCCUCGCCCUUCUGGUCCGUCAUGUUCUUCUUGAUGCUGAUCAACCUGGGCCUGGGGAGCAUGAUCGGGACCAUGUCAGGCAUCACCACGCCCAUCAUCGACACCUUCAAGGUGCGGAAGGAAGUGUUCACAGUUGGUUGCUGCAUCUUUGCCUUCGUGGUGGGGCUGAUCUUUGUGCAGCGCUCUGGAAACUACUUCGUCACCAUGUUUGAUGAUUACUCAGCCACGCUGCCACUCACCGUCGUGGUCAUCCUGGAGAACAUCGCUGUGGCCUGGAUUUACGGCACCAAGAAGUUCAUGCAGGAGCUGACGGAAAUGCUGGGUUUCCGGCCCUACCAGUUCUACUACUAUGCCUGGAAGUACGUGUCCCCCAUCUGCAUGGCCGUGCUCAUGACUGCCAGCAUCAUCCAGCUGGGAGUCAGCCCCCCGGGAUACAGCGCGUGGAUCAGAGAGGAGGCUGCUGAAAAGUUCCUGUUCUACCCAACGUGGGCCAUGGCCAUCCUCAUCUGCCUGAUCAUCCUGGCAUCCCUCCCUCUGCCUCUGGUCUUCAUCCUCCGGCAGUUCAACCUGGUGUCGGACGGCUCCAACGCCCUCUCCGUCACCUACAAGAAGGGCCGCAUGAUGAAGGACAUCUCCAACUUGGAAGACAACGAUGAGACCCGCUUCAUCCUGAGCAAAGUGCCCAGCGAGACGCCGUCCCCCAUGCCCACGCACCGCUCCUACCUGGGCCCCGGGAGCAGCUCCCCCAUGGAAAUGAGCAGCGCUCCCAACGGACGGUACGGGAGCGGCUACCUGCUGGCCAGCACCCCCGAGUCUGAACUGUGAGGGCUGCCUGCCCACCACCCCCACCGGGAGAGCAGGGCACUGGGGAGUGGAUCCUGGCUGUCCAGGCAACAGGAAAAUUAAUUACUAAGGGCGGAGAAGAAUUAAUUACUAAGAUGAAGAAGAAACCCCUCUUAAAAUCGUAAGCAAAGCAGCCAUUUCUAAGAUGACGUCGGGAGGAAGGGGUUGCAGGAGGGGCAGGACUCCUCUGACAACCCUCGGUGGAAAGGCAGGACCCCUGGACUCACCUCUGGGGAAGCAAAGAGGAGUAAGAGACGCUGCAAUACCUUUCCAAGAGCUGUUCUCAUGCAGCUCAAAUCCGAAGCAAAGAAUCUCUCUCUUUUCUAAGCAGCUGAUGGUUGGAACAAGGACCUGGCAGCAGGUGGGAAGCCAAUCACACUUCCUCCUGUCACCCAGAGCUCUUCCCUCUCCGUCUGUUGUCCUUUAGCCGGGAGGAGUCAUGGCCUUAUUCCAACGAGCACAAUUAAUCAUCGAUGUUCAUAGCACAAAAAGGUGCUCUUGUUGUCACCAUCGUUGUUGUUGUUGUAUCUCCUGUAGGUUUUUAUAGCUGUGGACACACCCAAAUAACCCCCCAGAUUCUGACCAGGGUUGGCAGGGAGCAGCACGGGGCUGGCUGUGAUGUUGGGGUGUGUGAGACAGGGCAGGGCGAAUCCCUGGAAUCUUUGUUGCCACCAGCACAGGGACGGUGGCUGGGAGUUCUUUGGAGGCACGGAGAUGUCACAGCCGUGGGAUGGAGUAGCUGGGAGGCUCCAUGGGUUGGUGGUGAUGGUGCUGAGUGGCUGGAGGACCCCUGAAGUGACAGUGGUUUGGGGUGUGAGGCUGUGUGGGGUCUGGGUGGGGUUGGUGUGAUGGGGGUCAGGAGCGCUCGCCUGGAAUUACUCCUGACGUGGGGGAUGCUCUGCUGAACCAAAAUCCCUGGCAUGGUGAUCAUCUCCUCUCGCUCCUCUCUCUUUAGAUGUCCCAGAGGGACAAGCAGAGGAGCUGUGGGACAUCCAGUCCUCCCACACUCCUGGUUUAGCUCUCAGGAAACCACCCCUGACUUCCCUCCCUUGCCCCCCUGCCGAGGUGAGCUGGGCAGUGGUUCUCUCUGGAUGUGCCUCCUCAUUUCUCCUCGUGUCCCCGCCGAGCCAGGGGUUUGGCAUUGCCUUCUGCCACACCCCACAGGAGCUCAGCAGCUUUGGAUGGGGGUGACCAGCUCCUGGGGACCACAGGCAUCCGAGGGGCAGCGGCUCCUGGGAGCCAGUGCCAGCUCCCCACUAGCUCUUGAUCCAGGCUGGGGAGCCCUUGUGAGAGUCCAGGGGCCUCUAUCGUGCCCAUCCAUGUUUUUGGGGGGAUCUGACUGAUGUGACCUCAUGUUGUUUCUCCCCAGGCUCUUUGGAAAGUGUGGGAUCUUCUAGCUCUGAGUCCCACUGGGACUGAGGGUCAUUUCCCUGAAUCCUACAUGUAACCAAGCACUUCUGCCAAGGGUGUCGGGACAGCCUGGCAUCGUCCCCCCUUUCCUUGGGGACACGGAAGCAGCACACUCUCUCCCUCUGUUGCCUCCCAAGGCUGAGGGAGUGCCUCACCUGGGUCCUGCUUGGCUUAGGUUGUGCAGGAAGAUCCUUGAGGCCACUCUGAAGGCCACGUUUGUGGGUGCUGGUUCAUGAGCCCUUCUCUCCUCUGCUUUUCUGUCAACUGCUUUUCUUUCAUCUUGGUUCUCCUUUUGGCUGGAGGUGAAGGCAGGAAGCAGCUGGUCCAUUCACCACGCCCCUGACAUCCCUGGGGCCAGCAGAUUCCCACAGUGACAUCUCUUGUGGGUGUGAUCCUUCAUUCACAGUCUGCCCCAUGGACUUGGCUGGUGACCUGGAGACUCUUCCAGGACAAUUACCUCAAGCCCUUCGUUAACUGUUUUUCUGGGGGUAGAUGGAGGAGUAGAAUGAACCAAAGCAGCUCAGUGAUGGUUCCAAGAUCUGUGAGUCAGCCACGCUCCUCUAGAAGUUCUCUCUUCCUCAUCCCCUCCCAUCUUUUUCUCCUUCCUCUUCCCAAUGCCAGAGGGACACAGAAAUGUCCCCAUGGCAUCAUCUCUGGAAGAGAGAACCCCAAAUCCAGUGGCAUUUCCCCAUCGUUAGGCAACAUUUUCCCUCCCAUUUCGUAUGGGUCCAUCCUCACUGACCAGCAGGACAGAGGAUGAGUCAAACCCUUGCCCAGCAUCACCUCCCCAACGCCCCCGAGCCCGGGGCUGGGUUCCCACCGUAGCUCCCAUGGAGUUAAUGGAGCAGGACACCUCCCACAGCCAGAACGCUUAGUCCCAUGUGCUCCCACGGCAUGAUGCUCCUUGGACCCCGGGGGGAAGGAUCCAGCCCUCCCUCUCUCCCACCCUGCUCCCAAACCAGCCGGCGAGGAGCUCGCUUUCCUCUCUUCUUGCAGCAUCAAUAAGAGGCAAAGUCAAUAAGAAGGUAACAAAGAAGCUAUAUUAUAUAUAUAUAAAAAAUAUAUACAGAGAGAGGAGAUGGAAUAAUAACCUAGAGAUUCUCUAUUUCUAUUGUAUAUUUAUUCUGUAAAUGUCACUGUAAAUGCUGUUAAAUGACAAAUCGUAUUCCAAAGUGGCCCAUGACCUAUUUUCAUUCCCAGUGCUGUACAGAUCAAUUCUCAUUCUAUAGCAGGGCAUAUUUUUACCUUUUUAUUUCUUGUGUCUGGUGGGUGUACACCCCCUUCUCCCCCCAGCCCCAGGGUGCCCAGCUGCCCUGGGGGUCCAGCAGCGAGGAGGAGGAGGGACGACACCUUUAUUUUAUCCGUGGAAAUACUCGUGUUUUGUCGUGGCAUUUGCUCGGUGUUACACACGGGGUUUGGGGGCUGUGUGUGUGUGUGUUAGGUGUUAGGAGCUCCGUGUUGUCGCCGUGGCAGCGUGCGCGUGUUCGUCCGUAGAUGCCGUGCGUGGGGUGCGCGUGUCCGUGUGCGUGGCUGCCUUUAGCAUUCACUUCUGGCUCUACUCGCUCACUUUUGGAGCCUGUGUGGGGCUGUGGGGGUUUCUCCCGCUCGCCGGGGCAGGUUCUCCCUCCACAUGCCUUCUCGGGGUGCCAGGCUGCGGAUCGGGCCGACCCCCAGUGGCUUUCAGCCCUAGAAAUCACUUCUUUUCCUCUUUUUCUGCACAGAGGCACAGGGAAUAGCUGCUAGUUGUGAGCACAGGCACUUUUCAGUUUUCCUCCAGGCAGUGGGACAAAGAGGGGGGAACCGCUGCCCAUAUCCCUGUCCCCCCACAUCAGCUCCUGGACGUGUUCCCAGCCCAGAUCCUGCUGCUCAGAGCAGAGGGGUGUCCCUGCUGCUGGGUGGGUCAGGAGGGUCCAAACCUGCUCCCCCUCUGGGGGAGGGUGUUCAGCGGGUCUGCAGAGGGCACACAGGAGGUGGCUGGAGGGGCACACCCUGUCAGGUCCUGCCUGCAGGGCUGGAGUUGGGGUGCUCUGCUCCCCAGCACCGGCCUUGGCAAGGGCAUGACUGGAGCUGGGUCCCCAGGGUGUCCCACGGCUCCUUCCCCUCAACCCCUCCAGAACAGCCCCUUCCUCACCUCUCAGCUCCUGCCCAGACCCCGACAGGUCACGUUCAGCCCCAGCACCCCCCAGAAGCAGCUCCCACUGCCUUCUCACGGCCCCCACCCCUCCCGAGCCGGGUCUCGCUGGCAGGAGCGGGGCCGGCUGGCCUUGGUGGUCGGGAGGGACACGGCACAGCACGGGAACACGCAGGAUGCGGCUGCUUCCCCUGGGACAAGCACAACACUGGCGAAACCCUCCUGUACAGGUAAAGCACAGACCCGGUAGUGGCGUGUCCCGUGUCCCCGGUGGCCGCAGUCGUUCCCACGCGUGCCGGGCGGGGCCGGGCUGCGCCGCCCGGGCUCCUCGGGCACCGGGAGAAACCCUCUAAGAGCUGUAUCAGUCUGAUUAAAAGUCUCUUCUUACCAA